AUGUUGUCUAGAAGGGAAAAGCUGUUAGUACAACCUUGGGAGGACCGAAGGUUUAAAGAUCAUAGACAGAAGGUGGAGCGCGCUCGCGCCGCCGUGGACGCGGUGGCGCCGAGCGCGCGGCCGCACGUGGCGGUGAAGCUGAAGCGUCGGCAGCGCGAGCGCGAGCGCCGCGACAAGCUCACCGCGGACAACUUCGCGCUGCUGCAACGCCUCGCACGCCUCAUGAGCACCACGCGACUGGAUAACCGCUGGAAGCGCCCACUGCCCAACUUUCAUCAGAAAGUAGGCGUGUUCUACGAGCCCGACGUAUUGCGCAGGCGUGUCGAAGCACGAGCGCGAUUGCCGUCGGUGCCGCGCCUCGCUGGUGGGAAGUGCUACGCGUGCGAGUUUCGGAAAAUGAAAAACAACACAUACGGGACAAUAGAAGAUGAAUUAAAACUACCGUCAAUUUAAUAAACAAAAUGUAAACGUUUUAUUUCAAAUAAAAAACAACUAAUAUUGGA